AUGGAAGCAAGCAUCACUAUGGAAGAGAAAAGAAAUCAUUCCUCAGUGGUCAUGUUUCUUUUUAUGGGACUCACAGAUGACAAAGAGUUGCAGCUUAUUCUCUUUCCAGUCUUCCUGGGAAUCUAUCUUGUGACCUUAUUCUGGAACCUGUGCCUUGUAAUACUCAUCAGGAUGGACUCUCACCUGCACAUACCUAUGUACUUUUUUCUCAGUUGCCUUUCAUUAAUAGACAUUUGCUUUACUUCUUCCAUCAGCCCAAAGAUGCUUUCAGAUUUCUUUAAAGAUGAGAAAAUCAUUUCUUUUGUUGGCUGUGCCACUCAGUAUUUUGUUGGGUGCUGGAUGGGAUUGUCCGAGUGCUGUCUCUUGGUUGCGAUGGCCUAUGACAGAUACGUGGCCAUCGGUAACCCUUUACAGUACUCCGCCAUCAUGGCACCUGACCUCUGUCAGAAGAUGGUGACUGGGGCCUUCUGCAUUGGUUUCCUUAGUAGUUUAGUUCAAACAAUUCCUUGCUUUAAGCUCUACUACUGUGGUUCAAAUAUCAUUCAACAUUUCUUCUGUGACUUACCUCAGAUUAUUACCUUGUCUUGCUCCAACCCUUUUAUCACCCAGCUAAUUAUUUUUCUUGUUGCUCUGUUUGUUGGUUUUGGGUCUUUGCUCAUUAUUCUGUUAUCCUAUGGUUUUAUUACAGCCUCAAUCCUGAAAAUAUCUUCAGUGAAAGGUAGUGCCAAGGCCUUCAAUACCUGUGCCUCUCACCUUACAGUUGUGACCCUCUACUAUGGUGCCGCUCUCUCUGUUUACCUGCAUCCUAGUUCUAAUCACACCAAGAAGCAAGACAAAGUGCUGUCAGUGAUCUAUGUUAUCCUCAUUCCCAUGUUAAACCCUCUUAUCUAUAGUCUAAGAAACAAAGAGAUCAAAGAGGCCCUCAAAAGGAUGAUGAAGCAAUACCCCCAUAUUCUUAAAAAGUGA